GCGUUUUGCAGAGUAACUACAACAGUAUACUGAGAGUUACUUCUCAGGGCAGUAGGCAAAAUGUUUAUCGCAAUUUUGACUGUAGGGCUUAUUGCCCUGGCGAUUAGGUGGAUUUUGAAACCGGAACCAUCGCCCAUAUUUGGCAUCUAUUCUCGCCCAGGGAAAUUUUACUAUUUGAAAUUUGCCGCCUUUUAUCUUCUGUUCACUCUCAGAAAGUGGCAAAGCAAGCGGGCAAGAGCUGACGAAAAUUUGAAAGCCGGCUACGGAAUGAAAUCUAAAGUCGAUAUUAGAGACAUGGAAUCUGUUCAAACGUUAUCUGAUCAUCCAAAGGCCAUUGACGCCGUGUACUUUCAAGGAGGAAACAAAGAUGGCGUUUAUUUCGUAGCAGCAACAGCGCGAAGGCCUCACCAUGUCAUCAACGGCUUCGUCUUCCUAAAGGUUCCUGGAGAGGGGCUACUUACUAGUCCUAAACUGCCAGAUUCCACCCUUUUUGGUACGGAAGAUGAAUUUGGUGCCGAAGGUUUAAAGUUCGAACCUUUAGAGCCGAUGAGGAAGUGGAAAAUGCAGUACAAAGGGCAACUCAAACGAAGUCAGACUGAUGAGCUAGUUGAUGUUGAACUCGAUGCAAUUUGGAGCACAAAUUUGAAACAAUUUGAUUUCGAUACCGACAUGUCCUCAACAGCCAUUUCGCGUGCGAUGGCUCGUGAACCUUGGAGCCGUGAAUACUUUCAGAUGCUCCAAGAGGCCCAUCAAACACAUUACGAGCAAAUGGGAAGAACCAAUGGAACAGUAAAAAUCGGCGGGAAGUCUUACCCUUUCAACAUCGAUUCCAUGCGAGAUCACUCGUAUGGCCAUAAGCGUGAGUGGAAGUUACUUCACCGCUACGGUUUCCACACAAUGACGCUGGAAGAUGGCACGCGAAUCAAUGUUGGGAUUGUAAGCCAGCCCUGUACUUCAUCGGUGCUGGAGUUGGGCUAUGUUUACUUAGCGGACGGUCGGCUGUUCCCGGUCGAUGAGUGUGGCUUCAAUAUCUGGGACAUAGGAGAGAAUGGCUCACCACCAAAAGACUAUCACUUCACGUUCAAAGCAGCCAAUCGUUGGUGGAGCGUGCAAGUAAACGUACAGGAAGCGCCCAUCUUUCACAUUGGAUGGGAGUGGGAAGCGAGAAUUCACGAGAGAAUGUGCACGUUUGAAGUGAACGGCGUUCGAGGUUGGGGUAUUUCCGAGUUCAUGUACCGAAAUAUGUCCGGCCGACCAGAGGAAUACAACCAAAGGGAUCCCGAAUGGACGCGAACUAUCAAUAAAGGUUGA